CAGUAGAACGCGUGACCGCGUAUCGAACGGACGUGUGUUUUGCUCCGUUCAAAAAUACGUUCGAACCGAUCGUGCUUUCUUUACGUACACCUCGCGGAAACGGUAAAAUUUCUAAACCCGUGAUAUUCGCAGUUUUCAAAACAAAGUGUGUGUUUAGACGUGAUUUGGUUGGGUUGAUGGGAAUUUCUGGUUAACCCUAGUUAUCUAUUGCAGUCGCAUCCAUCAUUUUACUAUGUGAACAAUACUUCAAACACUUUUUACUUUCAAACUAUAACUUUUGAUAAAAGCAAAGAUCAUACACCCUACAGUUUUUAUAACAUACUCGUAAAUGUGUUCCCAAGACUUCCCACCAACGCGAUCGACGGAUAAAUAACUUUGCCAACUUUAAAGUGCUUUGUAGAUACUUUGUUGAACUUAGCGAAGAAAAAGUUUCAUAAAGUUGUGUGUGCAUUACAUUCGCGCGUGCCAGUGUAUAUAUAAAGACGCAUGCGUAUUAACAAGCAAGUGGUGUAUAACAUAAAGGUGUGCGCACAUGAAGCGUAACAAAGCGUCAUAAAGGUGCGUGCACAGUGCGCGUGGUGCGCGCGGCGCGGGGCGCGGGUGUCGUGUGUCGUGAUAGGUGCGCAGCGUCGCCAAUGCGGCGGCGGCGCGGGCGCGAUGUCGCCGCCGCGGGCGCUGCUGGCGGCGCUGCUGCUCUGUCAACUGCUGUCGUACGGUGGCCACCAAGGACUCACCAAGAUAUUCUACACGUUACCUGACACGGGGCAGCCUCCGAUACUCAUCUCGCUGGCAGAAAAUGCUAAACUAGACCUCAGAACACCAGAAGAGUUACUGUUCGCGAACGAAUCUGAACAGCACAAUGAAACAACUAGUUUUGCCAUCGCCGACAGUGCGGGCGACGACGAUGAGGAAAAAGAAGUUACCGAAAAAGCGAGCACGGAACCUCGGCUUGUAGUCAAAGCGAAGCCUAUCCAAGAUAGACAGCCUGAAGAAGCACCACAGAGCAUCCCGGCUCCGCCAGACGCGGAACUCGUAGACGAAUCUCAACCGGUAGAAACACUCGAAGAAAACAUUCCAAUAAAACCAGAAACACCACAAGAAGAUAUACCCUCCUUCUCGGAGUGGGCGCAGAAACAGUUAGCCGAGGCCGAAAAGAAAGACACCGUGCUGAACCAUUCGAGUCAACCUAGUCAUAGUAAUACAAACUUCAGCAGCAAAAACACUAAAUUAAGGUCCAAAAAUUACGCGUCGCCCGCGUGCGGUGCCAAAGUUGUCGCAGUGAACCCAGAGGCUGGUUCGGCCAGCUCUAUCUUGUCACCGAACAGAGAUGAGUACAUGCUCAACACUUGCAACAGUCGCAUUUGGUUCGUGGUGGAGCUUUGCGAAGCUGUGCAAGCUCAGAAGAUUGAAAUAGCAAACUUCGAGCUGUUUUCGUCAACGCCCAAAGACAUCGCUGUGGGAUUCAGCGAUCGAUUUCCUGUUCGGGAAUGGGCGAGCGUCGGGCAAUUCACAGCUCAAGACAUGAGAGACGUACAAAGUUUCGAUUUGUACCCGCAAAUAUUUGGAAAAUUUAUCAGGGUAGAAUUGCUCUCGCAUCACGGUUCAGAACACUAUUGCCCUAUUUCUUUAUUCAAAGUUUAUGGUACUUCGGAAUUCGAAGUGUUGGAGAAAGAAAGUUCACAACACUCCGCUCAUAUAGAUGAAGACGAAGAGGAUGAAAUAAUAGAUGUUCCCGAUGUACCCGCCGCCGAAGCGGAGCCUUCAAAGAAUUUGUUUGGUUCCGCACGAGACGCCGUGAUGUCUAUUAUGAAGAAAGCUGCUCAAGCGCUAGUUAAGUCAGAAGUUCCUAAUAACGUUUCUAGUGAACACAACGAUACAUCAACAGACAAUAUGUACAAGAAGUGUUGCUCACCAAGCCAUAUAAUAGUGUGUGAUAAUUGUAGUGAAACGCUUUACAAUGAUGUAUAUGAACUGCUCAGUUGCAGCUCGGACAGGUUAUCUAGUUUAGUGCGUCAAGUUUUUCUUAGAGACACUUUAAAGUGCACAAGUGUAUGUCAGAAUUAUGGUUUAGAUUUUAAAAGUACAAAGACUAUAGAGUUCGGUGACGAACGCGCGGCUUAUGUAAACUCUUUCUUCCCGCCUAAAUAUAUUGCAGCAUUGUGUAACAUUCUCGCGAUCAAAGAAAAAAAAGUAGUGUUAAACACUAGCUUUGAGACAGAAAUGAACGUUACCUCUAAUGUAACUGUAGACGAGUCUCCGCAGAAACUCAAUAGUGAAACGAAUUCCGAACAAGAACUUAAAUUAGUUCCGAUUAAAGAUAAUGAUACAGAUGAUAAAAUAAAUGAAACGGCUCAAUCUGAUGAUAAAACAGUACCUGAACAAAAACUUGAACAUGCUCCUAUAGAGUUACCCAAAGAUGACAAAGAUAAUAAGGAUUCUAAAGAAGAUUCACAAACAAUCAUUGAAGAACAGCAGCCUUUGCCAGAGCCGCAAGUAGAUUCUGGCCCUCAGGAAAAGCAAAUAGAAGAAAAAAGUGAAAUUGAAAACCAAGAUAGUCCCAAAGUUGAAAUCAAAAAUGGAAAAGAUGUAAACAUGGAUAAACCAAAAGAUAAUCUUAAUAUAGGGGACGAAAUUAGCGAUCAAGUGAUGAUCGAAUCUGAUGGUUUUAUCUCUGAAUUGGAUCAAAUGGCGGUUGAUCCAACUCCUGCCGGCGCUCAAGCUGCUUUGAAUCAAAACCAGGCACAGGCGACUCUACAGAAAGAGUCUGUAUUUUUGAGACUGUCAAAUAGAGUAAAGACCUUAGAAAGAAACAUGUCGCUGUCAGGACAAUACCUUGAAGAGUUGAGCAGAAGAUACAAGAAACAAGUGGAAGAAAUGCAAAAGUCGUUUGAAAAGACCAUACUUCAAAUGUCAGAGGAAAGAAAAAAGAGCAACGAACGUGAACAGAAAUACUUAGACCAGAUGAACCUGCUACAAGAUAAACUUGCACAAAUGACUCUUACACUAGAAAUGUUAAUGGAAGAAAGCGAUAGUUGGUUCGGGAACCUUACAUUCUUUAAAUUCUUCAUUUAUCAAUCUAUAAUUUUAGUGAUAGCUUUUUAUUAUAUAUCGAAGAAAAAAAAACCUGAAUCUAUUCUAGUUCCAAUUCCAAAGAAGACGAAAAAGAAACCGGAUAAAUUUAGAAGGAAAUCCGUUGAAGGAGUCAGCGGGCACGCCACUCCGUCUGCCAAGAAGAGACGACCCAGCGAAGAAGCAUUCCAAAUUGUGAGGCAUUCAGACGAAAUAGAACCUGAUGCAGGGGAAUGGCAAGUCGCUAGAAAGAAUAGAAGGCGGAAACCAUCCAUGAUAGUUCACAGAGACGCAGGUUCAGAGGUCAAAGAUACGUCUAACGAAUGCGUCCGAGAGUUGCAAGAAAACCCAAUACCUUUAGAUGAGGCAGAAUUCUUUGCCCCCGUUUCGGAGCCGAAAGAAUUUACCGACAACAAAGUGAAAGAGUUACCAAAAACCAACGGAUCGUUCUUUAAUAAUUUGAAAACGAAAACCAUGAAGACGCGGCGGUUGUCGUCGCCAGCAUUUUUGAGAACGUUCAACCGCCAAAGCAGUAGAAGCACGCCGAGUCCAGUAGUCAGGACUUUGGAGCCAAUUUUUAACGGGAAGCUGAGUAAAAAAGCAGCCUCAGAAUCGCCUACUGGGAGCCUCUGGUCAGAAUCAACGGACAUCUCGCAAAAUGGGCAUCCAGACAGCGAGAGCGGAGGCAAAAAGAAGAAGAGUUUUAAGAAUAUACUAAAAAAAGUAUUUUAAAACUCAUGCGUUACGAUUCGAAUCUUACAGUAAACGAAUGUGGCAUUCGAAUCGUAAAACGCAUGUCGACUCAAACUAGAACUGUGAAGGCAGAUUUCACGAUUCAAAUGUCAGUGUAUGAAGAUGAAUUAACAUUUUCAAUAUAUUCAGUUUCAAAUCGUAAUACCAUUUGUAAAGCCUAUAAUUUUGAGUCAGGUGUUUGGUACUUCGGUUCGCUUCGUGUUGUAAGUGUGGAUCUGUCAUUAUGGCCCUUGACUGUUUGUGUUUUAUGUGAAUGUCAAUGUGCUUAAUUAAUUAAUUAAUUAAAUCAUGUAACUGUAAUGUUUAACGAAAUUGUAUUUGUUAUAAUAUUUAAAUUAUUGUAUAAAGUAUUUUGUGUCGAUGUUAGUAUGUGGUCUAGUGUUGUAUAAAUAUAUACAAAUUGUGAUAAAUUAGGAUGCCUAAUGCUAUUUCGUUUUUUUUAUGGGGUUACGUAGCCAAAUCAAUCCAUGGAUUCAAAUAGUAUGAUUGAUAUCUGAGACUGAUUUAAUCUGGGAUUGUGGAUAAUUAUUUGCUCCAUAAUAAUUAUUAUAUAAGUUAUUGAAGUUAAAUGCAUUUUGUGACAUCAGAUUCCUGUAGAAAUUACUCUUUUAAGAUUUUACCUGAUAUCUAUUAGUUUCAUAUAUUUUAUAUGUACAUAUAGCAUAGGAUAAUGUUCCUAGUACUUACUUUAGGGUUCGACUGUAAAUUACUUUAAAAAUUCAUCAAUCAUGCUGAACAAGACGAAAAAAAAUUAUUAAAACCAACGCUAAUGUCCUAGUAUUUAUUUAUAUUACUUACUAUUUUAUAGAAAUAUUUUAAGUUUAAAUGGUCAAUAGAUAUUGCGAUAUUUUCAAUAUAAUGCGUAUAAGAUUUUUAUAAUAUUUAUAAGAUUUUAUCCUGUUGACAAAUUAGUUUGUUUUCGUAAUUCAAAGUGCGGCCGCUCAGAGAUUGCAUUUCUGACAGCUGUCAAUGUCACCUUUUUAUAUUUGUUAAUUAAUUGUUGAUAAUUUUAUUCCAAAAAUAAAACGUAUACUUAUUGUAAGGUGGCAUAAUACGUUUUUUAUGUUAUUACUCGUUAUUAAGGUUAAUAAAAGAUAUUUAAAUAUCUCACUGACAUUGACAUUCGACAGGUGUCAGAAACGCAAUCACUGAGCGUCCUAUAGUGUUGUUGUUUUUUUGAAAAUUCAGCGGUUGACUGUGACCUUACCUAGUGCAGUAUUAAAUAGAAUGUCCUUGUACUUCAAGCCUAUGCUCCUGGCAUGUUGAUCAUAAUGUAAUUUUACUAUAGGUGUUUUCAAGAAAAAUCAUAAUGUACCUAGUCGGACCGCCAUCAAAUUCUCAAAUUCAUUAAACUCUAACUGGGCAUGAAAUUUAGCUUUUCAUUGGUGAAAGAAUUUUUAAAAUCGGUCUAGUAAUUUCUGAGCCUAUUCGUAACAAAUACCACUGCCAAAGCUUUACUAAUGAGUAAUGGCUGAAUUUGUUUUGAUAUGAAUGCCUCCAAUAGUUUCACGGUUGGAGGCACGCACUUAAAUCCAACGUUCGAUUCCCAUUCCGUUAAACUAGAAUUGAGAAUAUGGUUCAUAAAAAAGACGAGAAAAAUAAUGAUAAUCCCAACAGUUAUAAGGUCACACGCACACCGCUGUCUGGUAUCGUAAUAUUUAUUGACCGUUAUGACCCUCAUACAAAUUGUAUGCACAACGGUAACUUUAGGAGAUACUAUGAAUGUAUGUAUGAAUGUUUUCUGCAUGAUCGUGGCUACGGAACCCAUCAAGUGGGGCCGCGUCUCCCGCUCGACAGUUCUUUUUUAUUUUGCUACAAUGCCAGUACGUACAUAGGGACAGUGGGCGCUAGUCCGGGGAAACAAAGAAAUGGCAUUAAAUGCAUAACUUUA